UCCGCCUCUCCUUCCUUCCUUUCGCGGUUCGACAACAUGGCGGCUACGACAGCCGCCUCGGGUUCCUCUCCAACUUCGACUCCGGCCCCGACCCCAACUCCGGUGUCUAACCCGGAUCCCGCGCCAGCCUCCGCCCCAGCUCCCGCCCCGGCCCCGCCACAGGCCCAGGGACAGGCCCCGGCGUCCGCACCUCCGCCGGCAGCUCCGACCCCGGCGCCGGCGCCGGCGCCCCUCGGGCCUGGACUCCCUGGGCCGUUCCCCGGCGGCCGCGUGGUCCGACUGCACCCGGUCAUCCUCGCUUCCAUCGUAGAUAGCUACGAGCGCCGCAACGAGGGCGCGGGCCGCGUCAUCGGCACCUUGCUGGGAACAAUUGACAAACACUCAGUAGAAGUAACCAACUGUUUUUCUGUGCCACAUAAUGAGUCUGAAGAUGAGGUUGCUGUGGAUAUGGAAUUUGCUAAGAAUAUGUAUGAAUUACACAAGAAAGUCUCUCCAAGUGAACUUAUUCUUGGAUGGUAUGCCACAGGCCAUGACAUCACAGAACACUCAGUGCUGAUUCAUGAGUACUACAGCCGAGAAGCCCACAGCCCCAUCCAUCUUACUGUGGACACCAGCCUCCAGAAUGGACGAAUGAGCAUCAAGGCCUAUGUCAGUGCUUCCAUGGGUGUUCCUGGAAAAACGAUGGGAGUGAUGUUCACUCCACUGACAGUGAAAUAUGUCUACUAUGACACUGAGCGGAUUGGAAUUGACCUGAUCAUGAAGACAUGUUUCAGCCCCAACCGUGUGAUUGGCCUUUCAAGUGAUCUACAACAAGUUGGUGGGGCAUCUGCCCGGAUACAAGAUGCCCUCAGCACAGUGUUGCAGUAUGCUGAAGAUGUGCUGUCUGGAAAGGUGUCAGCUGACAAUACCGUGGGCCGCUUCCUGAUGGGCCUGGUUAACCAAGUUCCCAAAAUUGCUCCUGAGGAUUUUGAGACCAUGCUGAACAGCAACAUCAAUGACCUGUUGAUGGUGACCUACCUUGCCAACUUAACGCAGUCACAGAUUGCUCUCAAUGAGAAACUUGUGAGCCUGUGAGGAAGCCCAGUGAGCAGCAGCUACAGUCAGCAACUCUACCUGAUAUGGGUCCUCCUUUGGUCUAACACAGGAUAGAGUAGAAGAAAAGCGGAUUCUUCUUUAACCAUCAUCUUUAAGUUGCCUGUUUCUGUAGAUGAGCUGUUUAUAACUCCAAAUAAACCACAGACAUCCCUUUUC